AUGGAGCCGGUUUCUAUAAAACGCUCGAGAAACCUAGUGACAAGUGUACGUGCCCCUGUCUCGAGCCACGAAGUUAAUAGCACUCAUAAAAUUGCGGCCACUGAUGGAAUCGGGUGGCCGGUCGACCACUUGAGCAAAGAGUGUUCGGGUUUCGAAGGCGGAUUAAGUGUCACUAGAAAAGGAAGCCCUUUCUCGCUUAUGUUCUGCACGUUCCAAACAAAAGAAAAUGAGAUUAUAUUGAACCUGGAGAAUGUUGAGCCAAUAAGUGACGCAAACUUUGCUAUUAAUAGUCCCGAGAAAAUUCCAUGCGCUCCAUGCAGCCGUGUUUUUGGGCAUGAAUUUUUUGUCACGGUGGAGAUACCUGUAGAAGAUGGUGAUUUCGGCAAAAUGAAAGUAUGGAAUAUGCAGAGAAGCUCAUUACUCCCUCCGAAGAGCAUGACCAGAUUGAACCACAUAUCGAUUACCGUCAAGCUCUUCAAGAACAUUACUACUAAAGAUGACAUGAUUGAAUUUGGACCAUUUAUAUGGAUGAUCGAGAUAUUUCGUAGGAUUAUUCCGUACAUUAACCUACGUCUGGGUCACAAACAGGGCCACCUGACUUACAAAAGGACCAAUAAACAAGAAGAGUACAAUCCUACAGCUACGUAA